CAAGACCAACUCGAUUAUAAUACAUACUCGUAAGUACCUAUUUACCUAAUGUAUAACUAAAAAUUGUUAACGAUAAACGUAUAAUUAUGGAUACAGGACCGAAGCAGAGAAGGCUAGCAAAUCCACGCCAUAAGGCAAACCUAUUUUCUGUGUUAACUUUUGGGUGGACAUUAGAGACGUUCAUGCUUGGAUAUACCCGGGACAUCAAGGAAAGAGAUCUCUACGCACCGUUGCCCGAGCAUCGAUCAGACGUUUUAGGAGAUGCAAUGCAAAUCGCAUGGGAGCAGGAGGUUGAAAACUCUGGGUUUCCGAAUGGAGACAGGAAACCGAGUCUGAGGAAAGUAUUGUACAAGGUGUUUGGUUUUGAGCUUCUGCUUUAUGGACUAAUUCUAGCCGCUAUGGAGUUUUUGAUCAGAUUGCAGCAACCAUUAUUCCUUGGUUUAUUGCUCCGUUAUUAUAGUCCUGCUCAGGAUUUCUACAACAGCACAGCAAGCAAUACGUAUUUUACCCGCCUAUUCAAUUACUACGACAACUCCAGUGGUAUAACGUGGGGAGAGGCGGUGUUUUUCUCCUUUGGCAUAGUGUUCUGUAGCAUGGUGAACGUUUUAGUGCAGCAUCCUUUCAUGAUGGCAGUGAUGCAUUUAGGUAUGAAAAUGCGUGUUGGAGUUUGCAGUCUCAUUUAUAGAAAGGCAUUAAAAGUGAAUCUUCAAGCGAUGUCUGAAAACCGAGGUGGAUUGGUCGUUAAUUUGAUGGCAAAUGACGUGAACCGGUUCGAUUCUGGACCACUUUUCAUCCAUUACUUGUGGAUAGGUCCUAUCGAAACUUUGCUUAUGACCCUAUAUUUAUACCGGGAGAUGGGCAUGUCUGCGGUGUAUGGUACACUGAUGGUUGUGGCUGUGGUACCAUUCCAAAUAUUCCUCGGAACUGGUACAUCUUACUAUCGUAGAAAAACAGCUUUAAAAUCAGAUGAAAGAGUGAGGUUAAUGGAGGAAAUAGUUAUGGGCAUUGAGGUCAUCAAAAUGUACACAUGGGAAAAACCCUUCAGGAAGAUCAUUGAUAUCGUUAGAAGGCAAGAGGUGCAUUACAUUAAAAUCACGUCAUAUAUUCGGGGGAUCGUAAUGUCGUUCAUCAUGUUCACGGCCCGGUUCAGCAUCUUCAUCACAGUGCUGCUCUACGUGGUGUAUGUGAACCGGAUCACGGUUGAAAACGUCUUCUUUCUCACCUGUUACUACAAUAUCCUGAAGCAAACUAUGACGCUGUUCUUUCCACAGGCUGUUGGACAAAUCGCAGAAAUGAAUGUUGCUAUUCAGAGAAUCAAUGAUUUUUUGCUAAGCGAGGAGUGUCAACUUCCACCUAGGGCCCAAUCAAGUGAACAACCUCCAACUCCUACUCCAUAUAAACCAAAAAAACGCGUCACCAUACCAUUAAAUCCAGUACGACCGCCUGUAAAACGUUCACGUAGAGCAGAACCUAGCACUCCCAGCAUUAAGCCCCAGGACAAACCUAAAGAACUACGUAAAGAUGAUAUAGCUAUCAGGUUCAACGACGCUUGCAGCCGUUGGAUCAAAUCAGCAAUGCGUGACGAUGUCCAGGAUAUUACUUUGAAUAUUUGUGAUGGAUCAUUAACAACUAUCAUAGGAGCAGUAGGCUCUGGCAAGUCUACUUUACUUCAAAUGAUGCUAAGCGAACUGCCUUGUUUAACUGGCAAUAUGAAAGUUAUGGGCAGUGUGAGUUAUGCUAGUCAGGAUCCUUGGUUUUUUGUGGGAUCGGUUCGCCAAAACAUCCUUUUUGGGCAGCCAUUCGUAAAAUCUCGCUACAUGGAGGUCUGCAAGGUUUGUGCACUGGAAAGAGACAUUUCUUUGUUUCCACAUGGAGACAAAACCAUCGUUGGAGAACGUGGUGUCUCUCUCAGUGGGGGACAACGCGCCAGGAUAAACCUAGCACGAGCUGUGUAUAAAGAGGCUGACAUAUAUUUGCUAGAUGACCCAUUAUCGGCAGUGGAUACACAGGUCGCAAGACAUAUUUUCGAAAAUUGCAUAAAACGAUUCUUGGAGGAUAAGACAGUGGUGUUAGUUACCCAUCAGUUACAAUUUAUAAAGUCUGUCGACCAAAUUGUUAUACUGGAAAAAGGCAAAAUUAUCGCUGAAGGAGACUAUAAUGAUUUGAGUAAACAAGAUUUAGCAAUAAUCCAAUUGAUGCAAGACAAAUCUCACGAAAUGCGUAAAGAAGAUCCUUCAUCGCCGAGCAAGUUUUUACAAGCCACUAGCACUCUCAAUUUAAAGCGUUCUCAUUGGUCCCAUUGGUCAAUGAUAUUCGAUUUAACAGAUCAAAAACAGGAAGAAGAGACACAAAUGGUGGGUAGAGUGAAAGGAUCAGUUUACAAGGAAUACUUUUUGGCGGAUUCGGCUUGUAUUUUCGUUUUCCUUGUAUUUUGUAUGUUUGUUUUGGCACAGUUCUUUGCCAGCGCAAGUGAUUAUUGGAUAAGUCGAUGGAGUGAUGCAGAGGAUCAUUUAACUGGUGAUACCACAAUGGACAAUCUCCUGUGGUCACAAUACGGUUUGAGACGAAGGGAUUUUGCCCUAAUAUUUGGCGUGCUAACCAUAGCAACAGUUGCUGUCGCUUUGAUUAGAGCAUUUCUAUUCUUCUCUCUGUGCAUGAAGUCUUCGAUUAAAUUACAUGACAACAUGUUUGAGAGGAUAUCACUUUCACCGAUGAGCUUCUUUCACACCAACCCUUCAGGAAGAAUAUUGAAUCGUUUUAGCAAAGAUAUGGGCUCAGUGGAUGAAUUGCUUCCUCAAGCUAUGCUGGACUGCUUUCAGAUUAUGUUAAAUUUAGCGGGCGUUCUGAUAGUGAUAUUGAUGUCAGAGAUGGCUCUUCUAAUACCAAUAGCAGCGGCGCUGAUUAUAUUUUACAUUUUUCGUCUAAUCUACGUCCGAACGACUGGUGCGAUAAAACGACUGGAAGGGAUAACUCGAAGUCCCGUAUUCAGCCACGUAAACGCAACAAUACAAGGCCUGCCAACUAUCCGAUCGUUCGGCGCGGAGUUGCUGCUCGCCCAGGAGUUCGAUCGUCACCAGGACUUGCACAGCGCGGCGUGGUACCUCUUCAUCACAUGCAGUCGCGCAUUUGGCUACUUUCUCGAUGUCAUCUGUUUAUUGUUCAUUAUAUGCGUGACCUUCAGUUGUUUAAUGAAAACUGACAUAGAAGGCAGUAAUGUCGGACUCAUAAUAACCCAAUCAAUAUCACUAACCGGCAUUUUUCAAUGGGGCAUGCGACAAUCCGCGGAAAUGGAAAAUCAGAUGACCAGCGUAGAAAGAGUAAUGGAAUACACUAAGUUACCACAAGAGACAUUAUCUGACACGCCAGACGCGGAGCCUCCCAAAAAAUGGCCAACUGAAGGAGCAAUAAAAUUUGAGCAUGUUAGUUUGAGAUAUUCAAUAACUGACAACAAAGUCCUACAUGAUUUGCAGUUUAUUAUUCUACCACAAGAAAAGAUUGGUGUCGUCGGAAGGACUGGUGCAGGCAAAUCGUCGAUAAUUCAAGCUUUGUUCCGACUGGCUUAUUUAGAAGGAAGUAUCUAUAUUGAUGGUAUAGACAUCACGUCUAUUGGAUUAAAGUAUUUGAGGCAGAAAAUAUCUAUAAUACCUCAAGAACCCGUCUUAUUUAGUGGUUCUCUGAGAAAGAAUUUAGAUCCAUUUAAUGAGUACCAAGAUGACAUAUUGUUAAGAGCUCUUGACAAAGUUGAACUACUUACAGAAGAGGAAGGGGUUGAGGCUCUAUACAAACAAGUAAUGGACUGUGGCUCUAACUUCAGCGUGGGGGAACGCCAGCUUGUAUGCUUGGCGCGUGCUAUCGUCAACAACGACAAAAUACUCUUACUUGAUGAAGCGACAGCGAACGUGGACGCACAAACCGACGCGCUCAUACAAACGGCUAUUAGAGAACAUUUCAGGAAUUGUACUGUACUUACUGUGGCUCAUAGACUAAACACAGUCAUUGAUUCUGACAAGAUUUUGGUGCUAGACGCGGGUCAUCUUGUCGAGUUUGACCAUCCGCACAUAUUGUUGCAAAAUAAGAAGGGAUACUUUCGCAAGAUGGUCUCCGAGACCGGCCCCGCCAUGUCACAGCUCUUGCACAGAGCCGCUGCUGAGAAUUACAAGAAAAUUAAACAAGGCGAAUAAUAAUAUAAAUUAUUUUAUUCUCUUAAUAAUAUUUUUAAACACGCAUUUAUAAUUAUUAUUUGUGUAUUUACAAUGUCUUUUGUGGCCAGCA